AUGGCGGCUUGUGAUAAUAAUCGAAUCCACCAAAAGACGGAUAAUUAUGGUGUCAGUGAUUAUGAUGGGAACUGUAAUCUCUUGUCUGAACUGAGGAUAAUUCUGUUAGGAAAGAGUCACUCAGAGACCAGCAGUGUGGGGAACUUCAUCCUGGGUAGAGCUGCAUUUGAGACUGAAGUUCCUCCACAUUCAGUAGAUGAGCACAUUGAGAGAGCGAGAGGAUGGGUGGAUGAAAGAUACAUCACCAUCAUCAAUGCUUCUCAUCUGUACAAUCCAGAACUCACUCAACUGACUGAGAAACUAAAAGAGUGUGUUUCACUUACUGCUCCUGGUCCUCAUGCUUUCUUACAUGUGCUGCAACCUCAGAGUUUUACAGAGAAGGACUUGAACCAACUGAAACGCUUACUGAACUGUUUCAAUGUCCGAACACUAAACUAUUCUAUAUUGAUCAGUACUGACUGGGAGGCUGAAGAGGAAAAAUCGGCAAGUUUUAACAAGUUUCUGGAUGAAUGUGAUGGAAGGUUUCACAGAUUUAAACACAGAGAUAAACAUGACAAGACUUCAGUUUGUCGGCUAUUUGAGGAGAUUGACAUAUUGGUAAAAGUGAAUGGAAGUUACCUCACAUGUGAGAUUUUUAAAGAUGCAGAGGAAACUUUGCAACAUUAUGACAAACAUAGAAAAGGUGAAGAGAGGAAAAGUGUGAGCUGUUCUGAGGACAAAAGGUUCCCGGAGUUAAGCUCCAUGAGAUUCCCUCAAACUUGCUCAGUAGGCCAGCUCCGUAUAAUGGAAGCGACUCAGAGACAGCUCGAUGUGCAGAACCUUCUGGACCCUCAGCCAACUGAAACAGAACAGGUCCUGUUUAUGAUGACUCGGCUGAAGUGUGCUGCUCGUAAAUGGACUAGGCAGCUAUGGUCUGAUAGGGCAGCUGAGCUGAAGUCGGUUAAAGUGUUUAAGGGCCUCGUGAGGGCCAAAUCUCUGGGAGAAAAACCCCAUAGUUUUAGUGUAGGGAUGUUUGCCCAAACUCCCGUGCCUAUUGGAGAUGUUUCAAGUAGCAAAGCGCCCACUGCAGCAUAUGCCCGGCAUUCAGUGCCUGAUGGGGAUGUUCGUGUUCCCCCAGUGCCUACUGCUGAUGUGGUCCGGGUGCCAGUGCCUGCUAAUAAUGCUCUACGUCUUUCAGUGUUCACGUUAGCAGCUCAACCCAUUUCCUUAUGUCCGUCGGUUCAAGUUCUGUCAUGCCAGACCUCACGUGCUGUCAAACUGAUACCUGGAGUGCCAUCUGGUGGUGUUGACAUGAGACCUGGAGCAUCGUCUGGGGGCGCCGACGUGAGGCCUGGAGCACCGUCUAGGGAUGUCGACAUGAGACCUGGAGCACUCUCUGGGAGUGCCUUUUUGGAGCAUAUAAUCAGCUGCGAGGAGCCUGGUGAGGCAUCUGGCAUGAGCUGCUUGGAGCCUGGAGAGGCAUCUGACAUGGACAAAACAGAGCUUGGAGUAGAAGAAUCUGGAUCACAAUGUGAAAAAAAAAAACAAAUAAAGCAACUUUUAACCAGACUUAAUAUCCUGGAAAAGCAGAAACUAAAAAUGAAAACCUCAGAUGUUCUUCAGCUCACUUCUCUUUCAUUACAUUGCCAAGAACCUUGUGAAGAAAAAGAUCUGAAUCAAACCUUCCUACAAAGGUUGUUAAUGAUGAAUUACAGAGCAAGAUUCAUCAUCACAAAAAAAGAAGCAACUUUUUUAGAUCCUCCUUCUCCAGAUACAGAUGAAGAAGAAAUUGAUAAACUUGAUGAGCUUUUCUGCAAAAAAGCUGCAUCUUUUGACAGUGUAAAAAAUUUUAUCCAUCCUAUGGAUCUUCAGAUGGCGGUGUUCCACUUCUCAGACAAUUUCCUGAAGCAACUAAUAGUGACUAAACUCUCUCAGUGUCAGUACGCUCUGCCUCUACUGGUGCCAAAUCCAUUCACUGGAAAUAUCGAGUUUCCUCUGUGGACAUUUCGCCAAAUUAUUCAAAGCUGUAAAACAACUGACACUUCUGGUACCAUAAUCAGUGAAACCCAGCAUGUUUAUGAAGCAGAAACUCCAAUGGUGGCGUUCUUCAGGUUAGGGGACGUGUCCUUUUCCAAGUCUCAGCUCAUGAACAGCUUGAUCAGUAAGAAGCAUGAUACAUUCUUCCACAGACACUGUCCAGGCAGCAUUAAAAACCGUCUACUCAUGGAUGGAGUUGUGGAGAUUGCUUGGUACUGUCCAUCUGGAAAUGAAACUGAUCAUUUUACUGACUGUGUUGCUUUCUGUAAUCUACAUGGUGAUGCAAAAACCAGUAAAGAACAACUGGAUAUUCUGACUGAAAUGUCAUCUGUAAAUGUUGUUCUUUUAUCUGAUCCUAAAAAUGAAAGAAAUAAGGAGAUGCUACAGAAGCUUGUAAACAAACCCAAACCACUCAUCUGUCUCCUUCCUGAGGAUGAAUCAGGUGUCAGUAAGAUUAAGAAUAGAAUAUACAGAAUUGGUCUAAAAGACAGAAAUCAGUCAGACGUAUCUGAGAACCUCAGAACAACCAUCACAGAGUGUCUGUCCAAGUCAUCUUCAGUUUUUAAACUUGAGGAUUUAAACACAAACAAUGAGAUCAGCACAGAUGAAGAUGAUCCUGAAUGCAGGAAAGGAAAAGAAGCUGCACUAGAGAUAAUAAAAAAGCUGGAGGGGAAGGAAAUAUCCACAUUAAAGGAAACACACCUGCCCUGUCAAGGGAAGCUCUGGUAUGAGUGGUGUCAGAUAAACAAAGACUCACAUCGACUUCAAGGAAACAAUUUAGAAAUGCAAAAGAGUGAAAAACAAACACAAAUGAAACAAAUCCGUGAACAGCAACAAGAAACUGGACAAUCAGCCUUCAUAAAUGUAUUUAUUUCCUCACUGAAUUCUCUAUCAGCAAAUGAAAAAUCAUUCUUUAUUAAAUGGCUCGAGAUUCUACUGGACAAACAAACCUCAGAUGACCUUUCAGAUCUUCAUCACAAGUACAAUGAAACAUGGACAAGGGUUUUAGACCUCAAAAAGAAACAUGAUAAAUCAGAAAAGAUGAAGGCCGAGCAAACAGAACUUGAAGAGAUAUCUAAAAAACUGAAUGCAGCAAUGUUUGGUCUGGAACACAUCUUCAGAGAGAUGGGUCAGAUAUAUGAGUCAAAUAUGUCCAAACAACAUAUUAACAAAAGAUCUGAACAAGAAAGCAUCUCCAAUCUCCCCAAACUUGCUGCAGAAUUCAUAAAAUCUGGUCUUCCAAUGGAGCUGAUGGAUGGCGAUGCUGCUCAUGUUCCUCUGAUUUGGGUUUCAGCAGUUCUAGAUGAACUCAUAAAGAAACUGGGAGACAAGAGAGUCUUUGUGCUGUCAGUUCUAGGGAUUCAGAGCACAGGAAAAUCCACCAUGCUGAAUGCCAUGUUUGGACUCCAGUUUGCUGUCAGUGCUGGAAGGUGCACCCGAGGAGCCUUCAUGCAGCUGGUCAGAGUAUCAGAGGAGAUGAAGGAGCAGCUGAAGUUUGACUACGUUCUUAUUGUAGAUACUGAAGGGCUUAGAGCACUUGAGCUUGCAGGAAAAUCCACUCGUCAUCAUGAUAAUGAACUUGCAACAUUUGUUGUAGGUCUUGGAAAUCUGACUUUGAUCAACAUAUUUGGUGAGAACCCUGCUGAGAUGCAGGAGAUUCUUCAGAUUGUUGUUCAGGCCUUCCUGAGAAUGAAAAAGGUCAAACUGGAUCCCAGAUGUAUGUUUGUCCAUCAGAAUGUUGGUGACAUCAUAGCUAGAGAGAAGAACAUGGAGGGCAGGAGACGUCUACAGGAAAAACUGGAUGAAAUGACAAAAUUAGCUGCUGAAGACGAAGACAGUGAAGCUGAGUGCUUCAGUGAUGUUAUUGCUUUCAAUGUACAAGAUGAUGUUCAGUAUUUUGCACAGCUCUGGGAGGGCAGCCCACCAAUGGCUCCACCAAACCCCUCAUAUAGUGAAAAUGUUCAGAAGCUAAAGAGAGCUAUUUUCACAAAUGCUACCAAGUCUCAUAGUAUGAAACUCUCAGAGUUUAAAUCACGCAUCAGUGAUCUGUGGAAGGCUCUACUGAACGAGAACUUUGUUUUUAGCUUCAAAAACACACUAGAGAUUGCAGUCUACAGGAAACUAGAAACUGAGUUUGGAAAAUGGACCUGGUUCCUCAGAAGUGCCAUUUUAGAACAUGAAGAAAAACUGCACAACACAAUUAAAAACAAAAAACUGCAAAAGAUUGAGGACAAAGACCUUUAUGCUCACAUGAAGAAGACCAAAGAAGAAGUGGAGAAAUCAAUGAAGUGUUACUUUGAAGAGGACAAGGACAAAGACAUUUUAAUUCAGUGGCAAGUGAGAUGUGAAAACAAAAUUAAACAACUUCUUGAAGAUCUUGUUAAAAAUGCAAAAACAAACCUGAAUGAUUUUCUUCAACAGCAAAAAGCUCGAGAAACUUUUAAUCACAAAAAGACAGAGUAUGAUAAAAAUCUCUUCAAUAUGAGUAAAGCACUUGCUCUACAACUACAAAGCACAGAAACUGAUGAACGAGUUUUCAGACAGGAAUUUGAUAAAGUGUGGAACAAAUGGGUCUCUGAUCUGACACAAGACACGCCUGUAGAGAAACCUUUUGAUGUUUGGGAGGAUGUGAUACAGAUUCUAUCUGAAGGUAAUGAACAAGUUGCUGUGUAUGAGCGAAUAUCUCAGGAAGAUUACACAAAUAUACACAGACUGGGAGAUUAUUCAUGUUACAUUUUGAAGACAAUAAAAAUGAUUCCCUUUGAAGUCCAGGAGUCAGUGAGGAACUUAAUCAACAAUGUCAUCCAAGAAUCUGAGGACUUAAUCAAGAAGAUCUGCAGCAAAAUUACAGGACUGGGAUACAAAAACAGCUACAUUCAGGAAAUAACUGAAUAUGUCAAACACAGAGUUGAGAAAUAUCACAGUGAGAACAAGACAAUAAAGAUAAAGAAGGAAUUCACUCUGGAUCUCUGUCUUCAUGUGUGUUACCUUGCAAAUCCCAAAUUCACCAAGAUCCACCAACAGUUCAUAGAUCAAAAUGAUGUAAGAAAGUAUCUGGAUAAGCAGAAACCACAAUAUUACAGCGUCUUCCAAAACUACUGCAGAGGAGCAACAACCACAACAGUAUUUGGUGAACUUGUCUACAACAAUCUUGUACCAGCCAUCCUGAAAGCCGUCUACAAUAAAACUGCUAUUGAUCUGUCAACACAGAUGAGAUCAGACAUGCCAGAAUUUAAUGGUAACAGGUCACAGCUUGAGAAACACAUCCUGAAAUCUCUGGCAGAGCAGGAGAACUUUGAGAAGUACAUGGAGUACAUCCACCAUCCCAAGAAACACUUUAAACAGUUUAUUACAGACAAUGUUGAUAAAUACAUCACUGAUAAUAACAGAGAGGUUCUGAAUCUUCUUAAAGGAAAUCUGAAACACAAAGAGCAGAAAGUGAUGAACGCUGUGAACAUCACAACUGAAGAAGUGAAGAAGAGCUGUGGUGAUGCAAACAUGUGGCUGAGAAGUUUGAACAUUUCACUAACAGAUGAGCUGAGCUUAAAAGAAAUAACCUGCACUGGUCUGGAGGAAAUUACAGAUUUAGAUUUUCUUUGGCAGGUUGUGUGUGAAGGUCUCACAAAGAUGAUGUCAGAACAACAGAAAAGCUUCAACAGUGUAACAGACAUCAACAUGGAGAAGUUCAGGAAGAAACCAGAUGAGAUUCUGAUUGAACAUCUCUGUCAGUGCUGCUGGGCUCAGUGUCCAUUCUGUAAAGCCGUCUGCACCAACACAAUGGAGGAUCAUGAUGGAGAUCACAGUGUCCCCUUCCACAGAGUAGAUGGAAUCAUAGGAUGUUACUACAGAAAAACAACAAAUCUCUGUGCUGAUAUUUGUACAACUUUAGUACAAAGUGAUAAACGCUUCCACCCCCGUCAUGAUUCAGAUGUGUCAGUACCCUACAAACAAUACAGAAGAGCAGGAGGCAAAUAUGCUAGGUGGAGCAUCACCCCUGAUAAUUCAGAGCUCACAUACUGGAAAUGGUUUGUGUGCAGAUUUCAAACAGAACUGGAAAAGUUUUAUGGCACAACAUUCCAGGGACACAGAGAGAUUCCCGCUGCAUGGAGACAAUACACAAAAACACAAGCUAUAGAGAGUUUGGAUAAAUACAUCUGAAGAAUCACACACACACACACACAAUACACAUACAAACUCUACAUACACAGACACAUGAUAUAUGUA